UCUCUUCAUUUUUUCCUUACCUGAGAUAUUCUUUCUCUUACGAUUAGCAAAUUUCUUUCGUUGUUAUAUUGUCUCCUCUCGGUUGUUUACUGAGACAGGCCGAUAGUUGAUUCACGGCUGCGCAGAUUAUAGGGAUGGCUUUCUUUGGUAGAGUUGGGAAUAUACUAAGACAAGCUGCAAAUAAGCAGCUCAGCACAGAAUUUCGUUCAGCUCCAUCUAUUUUCCAGGCUAUACGGUGCAUGUCAUCUGCUGCAAGUUCCAGGGUUUUUGUUGGAGGACUGUCAUAUUCCACUGAUGAGCAAAGUUUGAGGGAAGCUUUUGCAAAAUAUGGAGAUAUAGUUGAUGCAAGAAUAAUUAUGGAUCGUGACUCUGGGAGAUCUAGAGGGUUUGCUUUUGUCACUUACACAUCAGUUGAGGAGGCAUCGAGUGCCAUUCAGGCCUUAGAUGGGCAGGAUCUUCAUGGUCGCCGAGUUAGGGUAAAUUAUGCUAAUGAGAGGCCUCGCUAUGGUGGUGGUGGUGGUUUUGGUGGUUCUUAUGGCAGUGCUCCAUAUGGUGCUGGUGCUGGCUAUGGAGGCAGUUAUGGUAACCCUCCAUAUGGUGGCUCUGGUGCUUAUGGUGGCAAUGCUGCUGGAGGUUAUGGUGGUGGUGGAUAUGGUGGGGGAAGCUAUGGAUCAGGUGGCAACUUUGGUGCCAGCCCUGGCAAUGACUUUGCGUCUAACAAUUUUGGAGCUGGAGCUGCAGGUGGCAGUUAUGGAAAUGAUGGUAACUUUGCAAGUGGAAGCCCUUAUGCUGGCGGAAGUGGCGGCGGAUAUGGUGGUGACAGUGGAAGUGGAGCUGCUGCUGACAGCUUUGGAACUGGAAGUGCUACUGGUGGCUUUGGCGGAACCAAUUAUUCAAAUGAUGGGAACUUUGCAACUGGAAGCACGUAUGCUGCAAGUAGCAGUGGAAGCUUUGGUGGCAAUAGUGAGAACUUUGCAAGUGGAAGCACUUAUACCAGUGGCAGUGGUGGAGGAUAUGGUGGCAAUGGUGGGAACUUUGGUGUUGCUGGUGGUGGUGGAGGCAGUGAUAACUAUGGAAGUGCUCCUAGUUUCGGUGCUGCUGUUGGUGGCGGCAGUGAUAGCUUUGGCAGUGCCGCUGGAUUUGGCAGCAGUGAUAACUUUGGCAGUUCGGCUAAUUUUGGUAGCAGUGGUGUUCCAGGUUCAGGCAGUAGCUUUGCGGGUGGUCAAUUGGAUGGUAAAGAAAGCAACAGUAUGGGUCAGGAUGUUGAAGAUUUUGAGGACAAAAUAGGUGAAAGCUACCGGAUUGGAGAUUUUGCAGACAAGAUAGAGGAAAACUCCCGGGAUGACGAUGAUGAUACCGGGGAUUUUGCCAAAAGGGCUUGAAGAAAUCUCGCAGAGGUAUUAGAUAUCUGAUGAAGUUUUUCAAGCAUGUAAUUUCAUUCAGAAGUACCAAACAGGGGAGAAAGUAAUUUUUAAGGCGAUUUUUCUUGUCAUCCUUCCUUCCUAUUCCAAGAAAAGGGCAAUUAGUAUUUGUGACGUAAUUUGAGGAGAUUUUUGCGUUUGGCCACGUUGAGAUCUUUAAUUCAGCUUGUAAAUCGAUGCUUGAGGUAAACUGCUAUACUAAUAAUUCAUGGCUGACGUGGAACUUUAAGAUGUGCCCUUCCAAAGGCACUAUAGUUGUAUCGCUGCCAGCAGAUGCAGUUUUUCUGUUCUUCUCCUGUAUUGUCAUGUGAUGAAGGCUAGCCUAGGCUGGUUGAUUGCCAUGUUAUGAACUCAGGAGCGGGUUAAUUUUCUGCUCUGAUCUGAGUGUGGAACCUGGCUUUCUGCGUAA